AUGUCGAAUUUAGCUUCUGCUAUUGUUGGAAGUUCGACAGAAGAUUUGUGUGAUUCAAUUUUGCCUAAUUCGAAACCUAUUUGGAAGAAGACUUAUGUUGUUGAGUUUGAGGAAGGUUCUGAAUCCGAGUUGCUACAGAAGCAAGUGAAAAGUGAUGAAGAAGCUUUUGAAUUGUAUAAUGAUUAUGCUUUUAAGUUUGGUUUUGGUGUUCGUAAGGGUAAAACAAGGUGCAGGGUCAAAGAUGGUAGUAUUUGGCUUAUGUGCAAUUUCAUGUUGAUGAAGAUGGUAUAUGUUUAUACUUUGGUUGCACAUGUUAUGGGACAUAAUCAUGCAAUGGUUCCACUUCAUGUGCGUCAUUAUAUUAGGUCACAUAGAUUAGUGCAUUCUGAGCAGUUGGCAUUUAUUUCGAACUUGAAGAGAAGUGGAAUUCCUGUAGCAGAUGCUAUUCGGGUUAUGAGGAAAGAAGUUGGGGGUUCUCCUAACCUAGGAUUUAUUGCUAGUGAUGUCUAUAAUGCUCUUGCUGGUGAGAAGGUUAAAAGUAUUGAUUUUUCGGACUCAAAUCAGUUGAUAAAGUUUUUUGCACAAAGGCAAGCAAGUGAGGCUGAUUUUUAUUAUGAUGUGCAGUUGGAUAAUUGUGGGAAUUUGGAAUGA